AUGGGUGACAGUCCGUGGUUGGACGGGGUCUCCAAUCUCACCGCAUUCGACGCCGCGCUGAGCAACUAUGUCGCCAACACCUUCGUGACCUACAAAUAUGUGAACCAGCUAGGUUGCGGCGGUCUCAACAAGAGCGCCUUGACCGACUACUAUGCCCAGUAUACUAUGAGUGUCAUCUGCAGUGGCCUCGUUCAGAGCUCGAUCAAGGAUUGUGAUCUGUCCACCGCCCAGUCCGAGCCAUUGUGCGCCGAGACGUGCGCGCUUAUGGCCACGAGUGAGCAGGAAAUCAUGGUCAACAAGCAACUGUGCCCGGAUGUCAACAAGUCCUAUAUGGACGAGAUUCGGUCGGACUUCACAAUUUGCUCCAACCCGGCUGAUUCACUGACCGGGAGCUGUGUCAAGGGGGCCGAUAACGAACCUGAUAACUGUGGUUUCUCCUCCAACACCAUCGGUCUCUGCACCUACUGCGCCUCUAGCUCGCCCAACUCUACCGACACCUGUUGCUCUAGUUCCAACGCCUCGAAUCGAUGCAGCGGCGUCAGCAUCCCCAGCUCCACUGUGACUUUACAGCCGAUUAUCACGUCCACAGUGACUGCUGCCGCCGCCGCCGCGGCGCACAGUCACGAUGGUCUCACCGGAGGGCAAAUUGCAGGCAUUGUAGUGGGGUGUCUCGUGGCCGCGGCCGUCCUUGCAGCUCUGCUGGCCUUCCUUUGUCUACGACGACGCCGCAGGUCUCAAUCGAAUGUCGUUCUGAACCGUCCCAAUCCGCAGCGAAAAGGGGUCUCACCACCAAUGCAGCAGCCCGAAAGCCCAUCCGGGUACAAUUUAGUUCCCGGCGGUCGUGUCGCCCGCAUGUCUGCGUUACGUGAGGUUCCAAGCUCCUCUCCUGUCCCCUCUCAAAAAUCGCCACUCGUGCUCGGCACCGCAAAGUAUAGCGAUGAAGACUCCGAGGCGCUCGGGGCCAGCCCGGGGGCCAUGUCGCGGCGAAUUCCCCCCGUGACGGGGAAACGCCACGGCUCGCUCUCGAGUAACUCGGUGCUGGCUGGAUUGGAUAGCGAUAGCUCCCCGUUAUCUGGACAGCAAUUCUCUUCUCCCGAGGGUUUCACCAGCGGUCAAUCGGAGCAAUUGUCGUAUUUCCGAGACUACUACUCCGGGGACGACAUUCAGCCCGGUGACAAGGUGGCCGCGCUGUGGGCAUACUCUCCUCGGGCUGGGGAUGAAUUUGAGCUGGACCGGGGCGACAUGCUGAAGGUGAUUGGUAUCUGGGAUGAUGGUUGGGCCACGGGUGUGCGUCUUUCCGAGCGGGCGGAGGAUUAUGACAUUCGCCAUCGCGAACAACGGGAUAGUGGAGUGUCCAGUGGUUCGCGCCGUCCAGCACCGUCACCGGCACCUUCAGGAGAAAUCAAGGCAUUUCCCUUGGUAUGUGUUUGCCUUCCCCAGCAUUGGCGGAAGAUUUUUGAGGGAGGUGUACCGGCAGAGGACUAA